AUGAAUUGCUAUAACGAUGAUCCACCACCUUAUCCAGGUCAUGAAAUAACAACAAAUAGUCGUCCUAUAACGACAAAUAUUUUCUUCCGACGUUUAUCAAACAAACAUGAACCAAUCGUUCGAAUUUCAAACGAUGAAAAUUAUUCAAAAAAGCAACAUACCAUUCAAGCACGACAAUGGAGAACAGCACAUAAUCAAUAUCGUGUUUGCUAUAUCGGCAAUCUAUCGGAUGAUUUUCUUAGAAUAAAAAUUUCUUCAAAAUCUCAAGUUGAUAAACAAGCAAAACUCCAGAACAAUUCUUUUACAAGAGCUUCGUCAGAUCAAUCUAUUAUUUUGAAAUUCGCUCAUUUCAAUACGAACGCAUCUUCUGUUAAAAGUCUUAAAACAUCAAAAGUUCAUGCACGAAUGCUUCAAAAUAUUCUCAGCGAUAUUGAACAAGGAAAAAUAAGAAAAAUACCGAUGGUUCUUGAAGAACCAAUAACUCAAAACGUUGAUUAUUUCUACGGAACAGAUGAUUUAUUCAGCAAUAGACAAAGGAUUUCAUUUACAACUGGACCAUUCAUAACUGAUUAUGAUUUAUUACAAUCAGAAAAAUACAAUGCAUCCUGA